UAGGCAAGGAUCCGCCUCCCCUGUUCCAAAUUUUCGGUCAAGCUCCAUCUUCUUCAUUCUGAUCAGUUUCUUCUCCUGCUUCAAGAACAAAACACCUACACCAAUAUUCUAGUUUUAAAUCUCCAUGGCACCACCAAAACGACUCCGCAUCACUCCGCUCGAUGAUCCACCCACCGCCUACUCCUCCGAUGACGACCAACCGCCUUCCUCCAAAAAGCCAGAAGAUGAAGUAGUCGAUGAAGAAGAAGUUUCAGAAGAAGGAGAAGAAACUGAUCAGAAUGAAGAAGAUGAAGAAGAAGAAGAAGGUUCUUCAUCCGAAGAAGAACAAGUUCAACCUCCUUCCAAAAAUCCUCCACCUUCUACCCCAAUCUCAAACCCUAAACCCGAGUCCGGUUCCGAAUCGGAGUCUGGUGCCGAAUCCGGAUCUGAAUCUGAUUCUGAACAAGAACCUACUCCACCUAACGCCAAAGUCAAGCCUCUCGCAUCAAAGCCCAUGAAAGCCCAACCACAAGCCCAAUCUACUCCCGUACCGGCCAGAUCUGGAACAAAGCGUGCCAACGAAAACGGUUCCAAACCUGCUAAGAAGAAAACAAUCGCCGCUGGCGGCGGUGGUGGUUCUGAGAACGAAGCGGAUGGAGACGGUGACGUGAAAAUGACCGGGGAAGACUCUAAGAAGAUGAAUCCGAGAGUCUUCACUGAAGAAGAUGAGAUUGCCAUUCUGAAAGGUCUCGCUGACUUCAUUUCCAAAACUGGUAAUGAUCCGAUGAAGGACCUGGUGGCAUUUCAUAGGUUUGUGAAGAAAUCUAUUCAUGGUGAUGCGACUAGCGAACAGCUGAAGCGGAAGGUUCGUGGUUUGAAGAUGAAGUUCAAAGACGGUGGUAGUUUUACUAAAGAGCAUGAUAAGAGAGCUUUUGAACUUUCCAAAAAGGUUUGGGGCAAUACUGAAGGCAAUAAUGGAGGCAAUGAAGGGGAAGAAAAUGGGAAAGUGAAUGAGAAAACUCCGAAGAGUACUAAGAAGGAAGCUCCUGUGAGAAACAAUUGUUCUGCUAAGAAAGAAGUAGUUGCCAAGAAUGGUGCUGGAAAAGAUGAGGGUGUUGUUGAUAAAAGCUUGGCUUUGAGUGAAAUGUGUAAAUUUGGUGAAGCUGCGGGGUUAUCCUUGUUGAACAAGGCUAUGGAGAGGGGAAUGGGAUUGUUGGAGGAGUCUAAGGCUGAUGAGUUUGAUGAGAGAUGGAGAAAGGUUCAAAUUGCGGAGAUGGAACUGUCUGUGACUCGAGGGCAACUGCUCAAGGAUCAGAUUAGGAUAGCAUUGGAGGCGUUGAAGAAGAAGUCUAUCAAUUAGGGUUGUCAAUUUUGUGGCUAAUCUGGUAAAUGUUCUGGACAAUCAAUUAGGGUUAUCUUAGGGUUAAUUUUGUUGGUAAUCUGGUACAUGUUUUGGAUAUGUUCUCUUUUUUAUUUAUGCAGUGAUUUUGCGGUUAUCUUAUGAUCAUUUGGUUUAACAACUGCUGAUUUAUGAUGAAUGUAUUAUGAGUUUUUCAUAUGAAAUUAUUAUGGUUGUUUGA